AUGGCUGGUGCUCCUCAACUCGACGGCUUCUUCAGCCAGGUCGACGCCCUCACCCCCAAAUUCAUUGACCGUCUCGCUGCUGCGGUUGCCAUCCCGUCCAUUUCUGCCGAAGAUGCUCGUCGACCAGACGUUAUUCGCAUGGCCCACUUCCUCGAGAAGGAGCUGAAGGCUCUCGGUGCUGAGGUCGAGCUGCGUCCCCUUGGCAAGCAGCACGGCAAGGACAACCUCGACCUCCCACCUGUUGUCGUGGCCCGCUACGGCAACGACAAGAACAAGCGUACCAUCCUCGUGUACGGCCACUACGAUGUUCAGCCCGCCGAGAAGUCAGACGGCUGGGCCACUGAGCCGUUCGAGCUGAAGGUCGCAGAGGACGGGAGAAUGCUCGGUCGUGGAUCCACAGAUGACAAGGGACCUGUCCUGGGCUGGAUCAACGCCAUCGAGGCGCACCAGAAGGCCGGCGUUGAUUUCCCUGUCAACUUGCUGAUGUGCUUCGAGGGUAUGGAGGAGUAUGGCUCAGACGGUCUGGAUGACUUCAUUAUGGCCGAGAAGGACAAGUACUUUAAGGAUGCCGAUGCUGUUUGCAUCAGCGACAACUACUGGCUCGGCACCGAGAAGCCCUGCCUGACAUACGGCCUGCGUGGUUGCAACUACUACAACAUCGAGGUGUCAGGACCUGGUGCUGACCUACACUCUGGUGUGUUUGGCGGCACAGCGCAGGAGCCAAUGACUGAUCUGACGCGCAUCAUGGCAUCGCUGGUCGACACCGACGGCAAGAUCCAGAUCCCCGGUAUCAUGGAGCAAGUAGCCGCGGUCACUGCUGAGGAGGCCACGCUCUAUGACAACAUCAGCUUCACCAUGGAGACACUGCACGCCUCGCUUGGCAGCAAGACGACCAUCUUCGAGGACAAGAAGUCUACUCUGAUGGCACGGUGGCGCUAUCCAUCCUUGUCUCUGCACGGUAUCGAAGGCGCCUUCUUCUCCCCCGGCGCGAAGACCGUUAUCCCCGCCAAGGUCAUUGGCAAGUUCAGCAUCCGUACCGUGCCGGACAUGGACAUCGACAAGACCAACGCGUGCGUCGAGAAGUACGUCAACGAGCAGUUUGCCAAGCUGAAGUCCAAGAACACACUGAAGGUAUACCCUCAACACACCGGCAAGUGGUGGGUAGCGAGCCCCAAGCAUUGGAACUUCAGCGCCGCCGCAAAGGCUGUGGAGAGGGUGUGGGGCGUCAAGCCCGACUAUACUCGUGAGGGUGGCAGUAUCCCCGUCACCUUGACGUUCGAGCAGGCCACUGGAAAGAAUGUUCUGUUACUGCCCAUGGGAAGCUCAACUGAUGGCGCGCACUCGAUCAACGAGAAAUUGGACAAGAGGAACUAUGUGGAGGGCAUCAAGCUGCUGGGCGCUUACUUGCAUUACGUUGCCGUUGAGCCCACGACCUGA